AAAAUGUUUAUCAUCUAUAUUUUUCUCUUUCUCUCCUCAGCCAUUAUAGAUUCCAAUGGGUUAGCCACGGCCCAAAAGUUGGAACCAGUUGGUGGAAAAGGGGGCAAACAGUGGGAUGAUGGAGCCGACCAUGACUAUGUAACAAAGGUUUAUAUACGAGGUGGCCGUGAAGGAAUUCAUUACAUCAAAUUCGACUAUGUCAAGGAUGGACAAUCCAUAGAUGGAUCAGUCCAUGGUGUUUCGAGUGAUGGUUUCACACAAACUUUAGAGAUUGACCAAUCCAAUUAUGAACACAUUGUGUCUGUUGAUGGUUACUACGACGACAAGACCGGUGUGAUGCAAGCUCUUCAAUUCAAAUCCAACUUGAAGACUUUUGAAUUGAUUGGAUAUCCAAAGGGUACUACGAAGUUUUCACUUGGAGUCGAUGGCAAGAUUAUCAUUGGCUUCCAUGGAUCUGCUGGGAAAUACCUAAACUCCCUUGGAGCAUAUGUAACAACGGCUCCUCCUACUAAAUCGGAACUUGUAGGUGGUUUAUAUGGAGGUGUAUAUUGGGACGAUGGUCCUAAUUAUGACGGUGUAAGAAAGAUGUAUGUUACUUAUACUAACUAUCUUAUUAGGAGUAUCAGCACCGACUAUGACAAAGACGGCCAAGUGGUAACUUCUUAUCACGGGAGCAAGGAUGGAGAGACAAAGGAGUUUGCGAUCGACUAUCCAAACGAAUAUUUGACGACCGUGAAAGGUACCUACAACACAAUCCCCGAGGAUGGCGUUUUGGUCAUUAGGUCGUUGAGUUUCAAAACAUCCAAAGGAAGAAUCUCUCCCACGUAUGGAUUAGUGUCUGGAACUGAAUUCGUGUUCGAGAGAGAAGGUAAUGUUAUUGUUGGUUUUCAUGGACGGGAUGGUGGUGGUUUCGAUGCUAUGGGAGUUUAUUUCUCACCGACGAUUACUUCGUAA